UAUGGUAAGUCUGUGGUGUGCUCUGAUGUCCAGUGUGCCUGGUCUGCAACCAACCGACGGCAAGAUGGAAAUGCAGUGGUGCCUUUUUCCUGCGGCGAUUUUUCUGUUAAGCGUAGCCAACGGCGGGACCUUGGCGGACAGUGAAGCCCUUUCAAACGAACAAUAUAGCGCAGUGGGUAGCAGGCGUACCUCACUAACUUUGAACAGCACUGCAUCCCCCACAGUGACAUAUCCCACCAGCUCUCCACGCACUUUGCGGAAACCGCUGCAGACCACAGCUCCUCCCGACCCGCUGACGACCACCAGCACCCGGGGAAGACCGCAGAAGAGGAGACGGAAGGAGAGGAAACCGAAGGAGGAGAAAUCCGAGGAAGACGUUGGACACGAGAAGAGCAAGGCUGGCGCUGCCACAAAGGGAUUGGAGUGUCCUCCGCUGGGCCUGGAGUCUCUGCGCGUGGACGACAACCAGCUGCGGGCCUCCUCCGUCCAGAGGCCGGGCCUGGGGGCCCACAGGGGCCGGCUCAACAUCCAGUCGGGCAUCGAGGAGGGCGACCUGUACGAUGGGGCGUGGUGCGCUCAGCAUCAGGACCGGCAGCAGUGGCUGGAGAUGGACGCGGUCGAGAUGACCCUCUUCACCGCCGUCAUCCUCCAGGGUCGCAGCUCCGUCUGGAGCUGGGACUGGGUGGAGACCUACAAGGUUCAGCUGAGCAACGACUCGAUCCACUGGGUGCCCUGCAUGAACGGAUCCCAGGAGAUGGUGUUCGAGGGGAACCGGGAACAGUACACGCCAGUGCUGGGCGCCCUGCCGACCCCCACCGUGGCCCGCUACCUCCGCAUCAACCCCCAGACCUGGUACAUCAACGGCACCGUCUGCCUCCGGGCUGAGAUCCUGGGCUGCAGGGUUCCCGGUCGGUCUGAAGGCCAGCGCCACGAGGCAGACUCCGGUUCCAAGGACGGUCUUGACUUCAGACAUCACAACUACAUGGAGAUGAGGAAGCUGAUGAGGGAGGUGAGCCGGCAGUGUCCGGACAUCACGCGGAUCUACACCAUCGGGAAGAGCUACAACGGCCUCAAGCUCUACGUCAUGGAGAUCUCAGACAACCCGGGGAAACACGAGUUGGGGGAGCCGGAGUUCCGCUACAUCGCCAACAUGCACGGGAACGAGGUCCUUGGCCGGGAGCUGCUGCUCAACCUCAUGCAGUACAUGUGUCGCGAGUACAAGCGCGGCAACCAGCGAAUCGUACGGCUCGUCACCGAGACCAGGAUCCACCUGCUGCCCUCCAUGAACCCCGACGGCUACGAGACCGCCUAUGAGAAGGGCUCGGAGCUGUCGGGCUGGGCACUCGGCCGCUACAGCGUGGAGGGCAUCGACCUGAACCACAACUUCCCGGACCUGAACAACAUCCUGUGGGACGCUCAGGAGGUGGCCGCAUGGGGGAAGACCAAAGUACCCAACCACUACGUCCCCAUCCCGGAGUACUACACCAAGGAGGAGGCCAUGGUGGCGCCAGAGACACGGGCGGUCAUCAGCUGGAUGCAGGACAUCCCCUUCGUGCUGAGCGCCAGCCUCCACGGCGGGGAGCUGGUGGUGGUGUACCCCCACGACUGCACCAAGGACUGGGCGCCCAAGGAGUACACGGCCAGCCCGGACGACAGCUUCUUCCGCUGGCUGGCGACCGUCUACGCCUCCACCAACCUGGCCAUGCUGAACCCCGACCGCCGCAUGUGCCACGUGGACGACUUCCAGCGCACCCGCAACAUCGUCAACGGCGGCGCCUGGCACACCGUCCCCGGCAGUAUGGGCGACUUCAGCUACUUCCACACCAACUGCUUCGAGGUGACGGUGGAGCUGUCCUGUGACAAGUACCCUCACGUCAGCGAGCUGCCCCAGGAGUGGGAGAACAACAAGGAGUCCCUGCUGAUCUACAUGGAGCAGGUCCACCGAGGGAUUAAGGGCGUGGUCAGGGACAAGAUGACCAGGAGGGGCCUGGCAGACGCCAUCAUCAAGGUGGAGGACCAUGACCACGACAUCCGCACAGCGGCAGACGGGGACUACUGGCGCCUGCUGAACCCGGGCGAGUACCGGGUGGUGGCGUGGGCCGAGGGAUACCUCCCCGCCGCCCGCAGCUGCCGCGUGGGCAUGGAGGCGCGGGCCACGCCCUGCGACUUCCACCUGGUCAAGACGCCGCUCCAGAGGCUGAAGGAGAUCCGAGCCAAGGGCGGGAAGGUCCCGCAGGACCUCCAGCUGAGGCUUCGCGCCCUGCGGUUCCGCAAGCUGCGCGUCACCACUAAGGUCCUCAACCAGCGGCGGGAGAAGCAGCAGCAGCAGCAGAGGAGGAGGGCAUGA